CUUGAAAACAAUCAUGCUGAUUCUUUAGACAAGGCCUGGAAUAAUCAUGCUAUUCGAUUCUUUAGGCAAGGCUUAGAAAUAAUCAUACUAUUCGAUUCUUUUGUAAUUCGCUUUGGUCAAGUAACUGGAUAUGGACUGAUAGAAGAAUAG